UCCAGAUAGGCGGCGCUUACCUCAGGUGGCUCUUGGUCGGUGGUGCAGCAGGGCUAAGGCAGGCUCCGUACCUGGCUCUGCACAGCUCCUGGAAAUGGCCAGCAUAUCCUUGUGGCCUGUAGGUGCAGGGUGAUCAGGGAAGCUCCAUGCGCUGCCCCCACCCCGAAUGGCAGCUCAGCAGCUCCCAGUGGCCAGGAACCACAGCCAAUGUGAGCUGCGGGGGCAGCACCCAUGGGCGUGGAGCUUCCCAGCCGCCCCUGCGUGUAGGAGCUGGGCUGGACAUACCGGGUGCUUCUGGGAGCUGCGCAGAGCCAUGUAGGGAGCCUGCCAGCCCCGUUGUGCUGGCAACCGGACUUUUAACAGCUGGUCAGCAGUGCUGACUGGAGCUGCCAGGGUCCCUUUUCAACCGGGCGUUCCCAAUCCUGCACUCCUUGCUUGAAGUCAGUGGGAAUUUUGACACCAUAGAAGGAGUGCGGAGUCAUGAAGAGAUUGAUGCACAAAGUGCGUAAUGCAUUGUCCUUUGAAAUGCAAAUUUCUUCCCGUUUUUGUGAAUAAACAUCAACAUCUAGUUAGUUAAUGGGAAUCAGCAUAAAGUUAUUUACUUUUCUUCCUGCUGAGUGACUUGUGUUUGUGGUUCAGCAAUUAAAAUGCUUGCAAUUAAACAAUUGCAAAUUGAACCACUAUGCUGACAUUCAGAAUGAGAGAGUGGAAGAGACUUUCAUUUCUUCAGAAGAGCUCAGUGCUCUGAUCAUAAGGAUCUAUUUAUUUUCUUUCCCUCAUCUUCAGUUCCUGCUUGUGAUAGAUAACAAGGUUCGGUAUGGCUCCCUCUAGUGUUGCUACUAGUGAGUAACAUGAGUCAUAGUUUGCUACAGGUGGAUUCAAACAGGCUCUGAGUCCUCCUUAAAUGUCCAUUUCAGCUACCGACAUUCAGAUUUCAUCAGCCUGCACUGGUGCCGUCGCUCCUGAUCACAUGACCAAUGGAGAAGAACCCUCUGCUCCCCCUGCUUAUCCAAUAGACGAGAUCUCCGGCUAUGAAGGCACAGCACUGGGCGAUGGUGGAGGAAAAGGUUUACCUCCUCCAUCAGAUCUGGUGACUGAUCAUGGAGGUGGGCCCCCUCCAGCCCAAACAGACUGGAACAUUCCUGCUGUUUCAGAAGAUGCAGCCAAAGAAGCUCUUAUACAGUACGCGGCCAGUAAGUGCUGCUACAGCUCGGCCCCUGCCAAGGAAAUGGUGUUUCGGAAUCUGCAGCCAUUCAACACCUACAGAUAUCGGCUAGAGACCUUCACUGAAUCCAGAUCAUCUGAAUGGAAGACAACACCUUACAGGGAUGAAUUUGUUGACUCCUUUUUGCUUGGGCCAGCUCCUUUGCCAUGGAAUAUACAAGUGGAAGCUCCUACCUUGUUCAUAGACAACAUAACCAGAGUCAAAGUGCCCCAUACGUCUUCAUUAAAGGGCUGCCAUAAUUGUCGAUGUUCAGGUACAAUUCGCUGCACAAAGUGUCAUGGAAAAGGAAAGGUACAGUGCUGGAUUUGUCAUGGCUCUGGGAAGCAAAUGAAUGAGGACAGAUGCACACACUGCAGAGGUUCUGGUCGGAGCAGUUGCAACAGUUGUUCUGGUUCAGGCCACAAAACCUGCAUAACGUGUGCAGGAAAAGGACAGUUGCUGUACUACAUUGAGCUUCAAGUCAAAUGGAAGAACAACAUUUUUGAAUAUGUGGCGGACCAAAGAUCUGGGUUUCCUGCUGACCGCUUCAAGGAGGUCACUGGGCAGAAGAAGUUUGUUGAUGAACAGUCCAUGGUUUACCCUGUUGUGAAUUUUCCUGAUCCUUCCAUCAGUCAGGCUUCCCAGAAUGCUGUUGUGCAACAUCACACUCAGUUUGCAUCUACAUCUCGUGUACUGAGACAGAGGCAAACUAUUGAGCUGAUCCCUCUUACUAAAGUGGAAUACGAGUGGCAAGGGGAACGGUAUUCCUAUUACGUGUAUGGAGAUGAAAAUAGGGUGUACGCAGAGAACUACCCCAAAAAGUGCUGCUGCUCCGUUAUGUGACUGACUGAUCACUUCUCAGCACGCCAAGGACCGCGGCGGUUGUCCAGACCCAUGCAAGGAAAAGCUUCAUCUCGUACUCGUUUUGUUUUGGUCAAUAGAAGUUCAUUGAUUUGCAUGUUUGGGGCAGGCUGCAGCAGGAAGAAAAUGGGGGAGCGAGAGUUUGUCAAGCUGAUUAUUCAAUUCCAGGACUGGAUCCUGUAUGUAUGUCACAAUCCCUGUGGGGCUGCUUGGCUUUUGCUGUGGCUCUCCUUGUCCCGCCCUUGCCACUCGUAGAAUACAAACUCCAUUUGGGAUUACAGUACCAUUUAGUUUCUGCACUGUGUGUGGGCCUGGCCUAAUCUACCUUUACUCAGACUUCACUGGGUCUCUUGGCAUUAAUAAGGUCUACAUUUUUAUGAGUAAGGGAAUACAAGGAAAACAGGGCCUAGGUCUGUGUCUUCUAUUAUCAGUAGUAGUAAAAAUUAUGUGACCGAACAGUCUGCCCUGUCUUACGCUAGGGAAACCCGCUGACUUCAGUGAAGUUGUCUGUGGCAAACCUU